GGCAAGUUGCGCUCCUUUUCCCUUCAUUCAUUUACUUUACUGAUCUCUUUGCAUUCUUCUCUCCAUAGCUCUCUGCUUUUUACUCCUUUAGUCGUGGUUGUUUGGUGCGCAAUCUAUUAACUUCUUAUUUUUUAUUUAUUUUCCCGAUUCAUCUCGUCUUUCUACGUAUUCAUGUUAUACUUGCUCCGUUAUGCCCUUCGUUAUAAGUGGUUAUUUUAUAUUUUCUUCUGAAUUUUUUUUGUUCAUUUCGUUUGAUAACCCACAUAGAGCAAUGGGUUCUCUUGCGUUCUUAUGUUUCUAGUUAUUUCGUUCUAGGAAUGGUUUUUUUUGUAUUCUUCUUCUUCUCCUCUCUUUCUCAUUGCCAUCUUCCUCUCUGUAUAUUUUUGUUUCAAUUUUUUUUUUUAAUUAGGAUUUAUCCUUUCGACUUCUUUGUUUGUGAGUAUGUGGUAGUUUGAAUAUGUGGAUUCUUUCUCGACUCCCUCCUUCCCCCAUGGUUUGGGUUUCUUUAAAGGUGAAUAUUGUUUGGAUUGAGUUUUAUCAAAGUUUCUUUAAAGGUGAAUAUUGUUUGGAUUGAGUUUUACGUCUUUGAUAUGGAUUGGACUGGGUUGAAAACUUUUUGAUGUUAUAGUUGAAUUAAUGGUUUGGAUUUCUCUCAAGGGUGAGGUUGCCUCCUUAUACCGUAGAAGUAAGGAGCACCUCUAAAAUAUGCUUAGAGAUUUUGUUCCGGCAUUCGAAACCUUAUGAUGGCUUGAAAUCAAUUCUUAUUUUUAAUUAUAAAAUUUAAAGUUUACAAAAUGGUAUAGAUCGAGUGGAUCAAUAAACACUUAAGAAUUGUGAAAAUAGACAUUCUAGAUAAGGUGUCAAGAUGCACUAUUGUUGGGAUUUGGAAUUCUUCUUUUUUUUCAUGUCCAUACAUCUCGAAGUAGAGAUGAUCAUCUUCUAUAGGAUUUUUUUAGGCAUACCUUACUUCAAUAGUAUAAGUAUUGCAACCAUAUAUAAACUCUUUCCUUCUAUUAAUGUAAGUAUUGUUUGUGUAGAGUUUUCCGUCUUUGAUAUGGAUUGGAAAAUAUUUUAUAUUCUAGUCAAAUUAUUCUAAUAUCUGACUCUCUCUCUCUUCACACACACACUCACACUCACAUACACCUCCCCACCCACCCACGCAUACACAUCCACAAGGAAAUGAUGUUUCAUAACUUCAUAUUGUGUUUCAGGCCUGCUAUCUUAGAUUGGUGUUUGCCUUUAGUUUUUGCAUCAGCUUGGUGUUGGUUUUAGCCUUUUAGGUGUGUUACUUUAAAGAAAUCCCAAAAACAAAAAAGUAAGGAUAGGAUUGGCUUUGUGUUGUUUAAGAAUGUUUUUAUUUUUGAGAUUAUGAAGUGAUCAAAGCUCUCUUUUUUUUUAAUGGUUAUGGGUUCUUAUGGAAGGGGUUGUACACUAUGGGACCAUUUACUUUAUGUGAGAUAUAAGGACGUUACAAUCACCUAUAACCAUCAAAUAUGAAAUUUGACCUUGUGGGAUAUAUCACUAAGGACAUAAAUUUUCUUCGGGUCUAGAAGCCUAGUCAAUGCUACAACUUCAGCCAUUGGAUUCCACGGCCAAUAGUCGAGGGUGAUUGUUACCUCUUACCAAAAGUAAAUGAUCAUAUUUUAUGCUUUUCCUUUAUGGAAUAAUACUUGUUAAUGGACCAAUAAAAAGAAGGGUUGUGAUAUUUAUAAAAGCAUGAUUGAGUUUUUUUGUCUUUCUUUAACUUCAUGAAAAGCCUAAGCUUCAAUUAGGGAAUGAUACCUCUUCCACUCCGUGGUCCCUUGUAUUUUUCCUCCCUCGCGUUUCCUAGUUUCUGGGCUUGCAUAUUUCUAUGAACAAGCAAUGAUUCUCAUUAUGGUUUCUUGGGGUACUAGGAAGUAUGGGAACUAAAAUAUUUAUUCUCUAUCGAGGAUUUAUCAUGCUUUCUCUCUAUGUGCUACUUUUCAAAAACUUGAACGGCUUCUUGACUGCCAAAAAAUGAGCAACUUGCCUAGUCAAAUAGUUAACUUCCAACAGCUUGGCAAAUUCUUCAGAUUGAUAUGAAGAAUUUUAGGAAAAACAAAACAUCAAUAUGGGAAUCGUUCCCAGCUUGUCACCUGAGGCAUUGCGAUGCUUACACACUAGAAGAGACCAUGUAUUGGUCAAACAAAAUUGAAAAUAAGAAAGAAUCAGAUAGAUCCCUAGUUUUUUAUUUAUAGAACUCACCAAUUGAACUAGUCAAGUUCACUUAGGCAAGUUUGUCGAUAUUCACGUCUAUGCAUAUAACAUGCCUUGCCAAGAGAGCCUACUAAAUCAGAUUUAGGGUUCUUUAUAAAAUUAAAUGCUUUGGGGUCAUGUCUACGAUAUGUAUAAGAGUCAUAUUCUCAGUGCAAGACCUAAAAAAAAAAAAACUCACUCCAAUGUUGAAAUUCUUCACUCUUUUUUGGCAUCCAGUUGUUUUAGAUUGUGGGUUAAUUGAUUUGCGAUUCUUUGCAUUAACACCAUAUUUAUGUAUUUUUUUUAUUUAUGUAUCCAGUGUUAUGAGUUUUAAUUUUGAUGGGAAAUUUGCUGCUUGGGCAUGCUCUUCAUAAGAAAGGGUUUAGCAUAUUAUUUUAUCAAAUUGUUCUUUAUGCAUGGUGCUUUUAUGCUGAUAAGCUACAUGGUUAUAAAAUUAAUAUACUAUGAGACACCUCUAGUUUACUCCUAGACAAAUGCAGGGAUUAUGAAUUAUGGGUAGUCAACCACUUGAAAGUAAUGCAACAAUGAGAAGGCUAGAGUGGACACCCACUUGGGAUGAGUUUCUUGUUGGCCUAAUGGUCGACGAAGUAAACAAAGGGCGAAAGGGAGACAAGGGAUUCACAAAAGAAUCGUGGAACUACAUAGUCAGUGAGUUUAACAAGAAAUUCAAUGUAAACCUCAACCAGCAGCAGCUUAGAAGCCGCUACAAUUACUACAAGAAAGAGUACAAAAUUGUCAAGACUCUUCUUAGCCAGAGUGAUUUUGGUUGGGAUGAAAGCAGAAAGAUUGUGACGGCUGAACCUGAAGUCUGGGAUCGCUACAUAUUGGCACACCCUGAGGCUAAACAAUACUUAACGAAGGGCUUGCCACUGUUGGGAGAAAUGGGCAAGAUAAUUGGAAAUUCAGCUGCUGAUGGCAAAGCUUUACCAUCAAGUCAUCGUGGAGAGGUGUUGGAAGAAGCCGCGAGAGGAAUGGUAGCUCUACAAUCAGAGAAUGAGGAAUCAGAUUCAAGUGAGGAUAUGAAUGCAUCAUAUCAACGCUACAAGCGUAAAUAUGUGACACCCACUUCCUCGUGUCAUAGCAAAAAAGAGCGAAAGGGCACUGAUCUGGCUGCUUUGGCAGCGGCCCUCCAGGAGAUGGCAGCUAGUUCAAGGUUUAGGGCAAGUCUUAUCACGGGUGCUAACUCAAAACAAGAGUUAAAAAAUUGUAUAGAAGAACUACAGACCAUGGAAAACUUGGAUGAUGUGCUGUUUGUGAAAGCAUGCAAAAUGUUAAAGGAUGAAAAAAAUGCUCUUGUAUUUAUGACGCUUAAGGGCCAUCGCCGGUUAUUAUGGGUUAAAGAGAUGUGUGAUGCACUGUAGCUUCUGUGUCCGCACUUCAUGGAGUUUAUGUUUUAUAAUCACCUUUUUCUUUGCCCCAUUUUGGUGUGUCUUUGGAAGAGAUGAACAUUCGAUGUACUUGUAUAUUUCCUUUUGUUCCCCCAUUUUGAUCUACAUCUUUUGGAAGUAAUGAACAUAUAUUCUUGUCUUUGACAUUUUGAUAGAGUUUUUUGGAUGUCAUUAACUUGUGAAUGUAUUCGUGUAUUUCUAUGUUUCCCCAUUUUGAUGUAUGUCCUUUGGAUGUGAUUAGCUGGUCGA